AUGUUCUGCAGUCUUUUUAUAGUGCUGCCUCUUCUGGUCAUACAAUUCGUCAAUAUGACAGGUAGAAUUGAGGGUAAAUGCUAUGCGAAUCACAUGUGGGAUUCUGAAGAAGGACAAUGCAAGCCUUGUCCUCAAGGUUAUUUUGGAAUAAAUUGCACAUCAAAAUGUUUGAUGCCAUUUUAUGGAUUGAAAUGUAAAUCAACAUGUAAUUGUACCGAUGACAAGUGCCACCAUAUCCAAGGCUGUAAUGAAAUUCAAAGUGUUACAGACAGUUAUGGCAGUACAGUAGAAAACGAUACCAACAUGACUGGCAAAACAUUUACCACGGAAACAGAAAGUAAGUGGAUGCGCCCCGUUAUCUUUGGAGUUUUUGGAUUAGCAGGACUGUUGUUUUUCAUCACAGUGAUUUACAUGUAUAAUUUCAAACACCAACACAUAAAACGCACAGGUGUUGCUGAGACCACUUAG